AUGACUAACCCUUUGUUGGGGCCAACUAUUUGGGGUCGUCCAGAAAUCGAAGGACGAAUUUUAUGCGGGGAAUAUGGGGUCAAACUUCACGUGAUUGAAAAACACGAGGUUGACAAUCAAUCGGUAUUUGUUCAUGAGCUUAUUGCAAGCAAUUGCUCAAAAUCUAUCAACGAGGAAACGGUUAAUGACCUUUACGAUGAACCAAAUGUCAUUCAUAUCAUCAAUUAUGAAGGGAGAAACCAUUUUGAACCCGUUUUACCUGUUGAUGGCGAAACUUCUGUUUUAACUUUACCUUAUUCUGGGGAAUCAAAAACACCUUCCCAAGAAAACCCUGAACGCAUUAUUCAGGCAGCGCCAUCUGUUGAUGAGGAAAACAAUCAAUUCCUUGCAAAAUAUUCCAAACAAUUCAACUCGAAUCAGCGGCCGAAAUUGGCAGAGGAUUGGUCAGAAACUAUCGACGAAGCAAAGGCAAAUGCUGACUUUAAAAUCCUGAAAAUAUCCACGGAUGAAGCAUUGGGCCAAGUUUUGAAAUUUAUGCAGAUUCUAAUAAAAACAGUUUGGACAGUUCUUCGGCCAAUGAUUAUCCAAUGGCAAUGGAUUGUCAAAGGUGAACUUACUGAGCGAGUCAUUUCUUUCAAAACACCUGAAAGUCAAUCCUUUGAGACCCUCAAUUUGAGAGAAAUUGAAAAUGAGGAAGACUUGAUCCAAGAGCUCUCUUCAAAGGGAAGCUUUGAUUUAUCAUUAUUACUUGGGACUUUGAAAUCAAGGCUUCAGGAUGCUGGUCAAUUCAACGGCGAUUUACUCACCAUACAGCUAAAUACCAGCAAAGAAUUUGACACUUGGAGGUUAAUUGAUUAUGCUGCAAGGGAUAAUGACAGUUUGUCCCUGAGGCUUCUCUUGCUCUUGGGUGACUGGGAUUUAAUUAACCAAGCGGAAAUAAUGACUAACCCUUUGUUGGGGCCAACUAUUUGGGGUCGUCCAGAAAUCGAAGGACGAAUUUUAUGCGGGGAAUAUGGAGUCAAACUUCACGUGAUUGAAAAACACGAGGUUGACAAUCAAUCGGAAUUUGUUCAUGAGCUUAUUGAAAGCAAUUGCUCAAAAUCUAUCGACAAGGAACAGGUUUAUGCCCUUUACAAUGAACCAAAUGUCAUUCAUAUCAUCAUCAAUGAAGGGAAAAGCCAUUUUGAACCCGUGUUACCAAGUUCACCUGCUGAUGGUGAAAGCCCAGUUCCUACUGGGGAAUCAAGAACACCUUCCCAAGAAAACCUUAAACCAAAUAAUUCGGCAUCGCCAUCUCUUGAAGAGAAAAGCACUGAAUUACUUGCAAAAUAUUCCAAAAAAUUCAACUGGGAUCAGUGCAACUCGAAUGAAGAUCAGCUACGGGAAAAUUUGCUGCGCAAAGAUAAUAACACGAAACAAACUGUCUGGCACAAAUUAGCAAGUGAAGGAAGCAUUGAAAUGCUAAAGAAACUCCGGGAAUGGGGCAAGGAAAAACACCAAUUGGAUGUGUUCAUUGGCGACUCACAAGAAGAUUUCCAAAACCCAUUGCGGGUACUGAAAAUGAAGCUUCUUGGGUGGUGUGGAGUAGGAAAAUCCACCCUUGUUGAAACUCUGAAAACUGGCUAUAUUGCUAUAUUGCAUUGGUUCAGAAGGAGUAAAUCCACGGGUUCUGCACUUGUUUGGGGUUUGGAUCAUUCCUUCAAAAAAGACCAAGGCAAGGUUGCUCCAGCAUCCGCUUGGAACCAGACCCAAAAACUUGCUGGAUUUCCAAGGCCAGGCAUGGAGAGUAUGAGAGAAAAAUUGGAAAAGAACCACGGCCAAGGGUUGGACAUAUUCCCAAAGGUGUUUCUUUUGGAUUGUCAUGCAGCCUUGUCACAGGGUGUGAAAGAGCUCAAGGCUACCCUGGCUCUGUUAAUGUUAUCAUUGCUGAGGGGCGUGUCCGGUCAGCCGCUGGUCGGUCAAUUCACGGUCGCGCAUCUGCUGGUCAUCAAGCGCCGGUCGGUCCAACCGCCAGCCAGGGCAGUUCUUGGCCCCGUCAAUCCCCAGCCCACCAAACUGCGGUUUGGUCACCCGAUUGUCGGGGCACCCGAACAAUCGGGAUGGACUCUAGAGUCCAAAUUGAGGGUAGAGUAUGCCCUGCCUGCCACACCAGCCAAAGAUGGAUAUGCUGGACAAACUGUCAGGCACAAAGGAGCAAUUCAAGGAAUCAUUGAAAUGCUACAGAAACUCCAGGAAUCUGGCAAGAUCGAAGAAGUCUAA